AUGAACGUACCUCAAAAUUAUCUUGAUCUCACCUCGGAACUGUUGCAAGAAAUAUUGAAUAUCUAUACGGAUGAGAACAGAAUAUUUACUUGUUGUUUCAGGAGAGAGGAUCUAAAAACUAAAGAAAUCAAUAAGGAAUCAACCAUGUCAUCUUUACCAACCACAAUUUCGUAUCAAGUCUCAAUUUCAAAACCAACCAGGGAACAACCCAUUCCGAGCUUGGUUUAUGAUAUUCGAGUCGGGUUUAAACUUCCUUCAAACAAGAUUUUGAAAAACCUUUCCUCUCUUCCUUUCAUACAGCACGUUUUGUUUUUCGUGGAGCACCGGAAAGAACCAUUUGAGAUCCAUUUGCAUAUUGAGGAUGGCGUUUUAACGGAUUCGAGCGACACCAUCAAGAAGGAGUUUGAUUUAAUGGCUCUCAUUGAUCAAUUCUUGGGUAAAGAACUUACCAUUUCCUCAAAGGAACAUUGA